AUGCCGCUGGACCACAGGCGGGUGCCCGGGCCGGAGGAGUCGCAGUCGCCGCUGCUGUUCGCGGGGGCGGCGGCGGAGGAGGAGGAGGCUGCGGCGGCGGCGGGGGCGGCGUCCGGGCGGGACCCGACGGCGCUGCAGCCGCUGUUCGCCCGCGUGGGGCUGCUGAGCCAGGCGAAGGGCUCGGCCUACGUGGAGCUGGGCGGCGGCACCAAGGUGCUGUGCGCCGUGGCCGGGCCGCGCGAGGCGGGCGCGGGCGGGGCCGUCGGGGCGGGCGGGGCGGGGGAGGCGCGGGGCCGGCUGCGGUGCGAGUUCCGCCGGGCGCCGUUCUGCGGGCGGGGCGGGCGGGGGCGGCCGGGCGAGCGGGAGGCGGCGCUGGGCGCGGCGCUGCGCGAGGCGCUGGAGCCGGCGGUGCGCCUCUCGCGCUACCCGCGCGCGCAGCUGGACGUGAGCGCGCUGGUGCUGCAGGACGGCGGCUCGGCGCUGGCGGCCGCGCUGUGCGCCGCGGGGCUGGCGCUGGCCGACGCGGGCGUGGAGCUCUUCGACCUGGUGGCGGCGUGCGCGCUGUGCCGCGCCCCCGACGGCCGCUGGCUGCUGCAGCCCGCCGAGCGCGAGGAGCGCGCCGCCGCCGCCCGCCUCACCCUCGCCCUCCUGCCCGCCCUCGGCCAGGUCUGCGGCCUGCUGGGCGCCGGGCAGGGCGGCGGGCCCGACGGCUGGGCCCCCGCGCUGCGCCUCGCCCUCGACGGCUGCCACCGCCUCCACCCGCUCCUGCGCCGCAGCCUCCUGCGCGCCGCCAAGCGCGGACGCCCCGGCGCCCCCCGGGACCCGCCGCCGUCGGAGGGGCAGGACCGGGAGCCGCCCGCCCCCACCGCCUGA